AUGCUACAAAUAGGUUCUAAUUCAAUUAAACUCAACUUUUCUGAACCCGUGUAUACAAUCUCCCCUCGCACGGAAACUGUAAUCGAAUGUACAGUUAGUAACCCAGAAGUUCGCGAAGGAGUAAUUCUAGAUCAACACAUCUCUAACUCGUUAUUAAUUGCAAAUUGUUUAGUUAAAGUAAAGGAAAACAACCGCGUCAAUAUUACAGUAGUGAACACUUCCGAGAAACCUGCUAUAAUUCACCCAAAUCUUAAUUUAAACAGUACAGUACAGCUUGAAAACACCAUAGCUUUUUCCAAACCAUCAGUCUACAACGUAUCAAAAAGGACAAACGAAGUCCUCAAACAAUUAAGAACCUCUCACCUUAAUAGCGAAGAGAAAAACGCUCUAUUGGACAUAUGUUCUAACUAUUCAGAUAUAUUCCACCUCCCAGACGACCAACUUACGUGCACCACUGCAAUCGAACAUAAAAUUAAAACUAACACAGACGUCCCUAUUCAAACAAAAUCCUAUCGAUUCCCCGAAUGUCACAAGAAAGAAGUAGAAAAACAAAUAAGUAAAAUGCUAGAUCAAAACAUCAUAACUCCUUCAAAUUCACCAUGGUCCUCUCCUAUUUGGGUCGUUCGCAAAAAAUUAGACGCGUCAGGGGAACGUAAAUGGCGUGCCAUGAUUGACUACCGUAAACUCAAUGACGUCACCAUCGGGGAAACAUACCCUAUUCCUCAAAUAACCGAAAUCCUUGACCAAUUGGGAAAAAGCCAAUACUUCACUUCUCUAGAUUUUGCAUCAGGAUUCCAUCAAAUCCCUGUAUCAUCUGAAGAUGCACCUAAGACUGCCUUCUCAGUACCUCAAGGUCACUUCCAGUUCACUAGGAUGCCCAUUGGCCUUAAAAACGCUCCAGCUACCUUCCAAAAACUCAUGAAUACAUGCCUCUCUGGUCUCCAAGGCUCCCGCUGUUUCGUUUACCUCGACGACAUAGUUGUCUAUUCUCACGAUCUUAACUCUCAUAUACAAAAUCUCGCCUCUGUCUUCAGUUCAAGUGCGGUGCUAGUGCGGAUACUGUCAUGUGAACAUUGUGCUCCCGUAAUUUAA